AUGGGGAACGUGCCCUCCGCGGUGAAGCACUGCCUGAGCUACCAGCAGCUUCUCCGGGAGCAUCUCUGGAUCGGAGACUCAGUGGCAGGGGCGCUCGAGCCCGCGCAGGCAUCUGUUCCAACAAACCUUCACUGCUUUGAACCCUACCUCUCUGGUUUCACAAUUUCCUUGGCAGACUCCAUGGCCUAUAGCUACCUGGAAUCAUCCCGGUUAUCAGGCCUCCCCGAGUAUGUUAAAAUAGUGGAAGUUGGACCUCGAGAUGGAUUGCAGAAUGAAAAGAUUAUAGUUCCUACAGAUAUAAAAAUUGAAUUUAUCAAUCAACUUUCCCAAACUGGCUUAUCUGUAAUAGAAGUGACGAGCUUUGUGUCUUCCAGAUGGGUACCACAGAUGGCAGAUCACACUGAGGUGAUGAAAGGCAUUCAUCAAUAUCCAGGAAUUCGCUAUCCUGUUCUUACUCCUAAUCUUCAGGGUUUUCACCGUGCUGUUGCGGCUGGAGCCACUGAGAUAUCAGUUUUUGGUGCUGCAUCUGAAUCUUUUAGCAAGAAGAAUAUCAACUGUUCCAUUGAAGAAAGUAUGGGAAAGUUUGAGGAGGUUAUUAAGUCUGCAAGGCACAUGAAUAUUCCAGCACGAGGGUACGUGUCUUGUGCCCUGGGCUGUCCCUAUGAAGGAAGCGUUACACCACAAAAAGUGACAGAAGUGUCUAAGAGAUUGUAUGGCAUGGGCUGUUAUGAGAUCUCUCUAGGAGACACAAUUGGAGUGGGAACUCCAGGAAGUAUGAAAAGAAUGUUGGAAAGUGUCAUGAAAGAAAUCCCACCAGGUGCUAUUGCUGUUCACUGUCAUGACACAUAUGGACAAGCCUUGGCAAAUAUCCUUACGGCCCUCCAGAUGGGAAUUAAUGUGGUGGACUCUGCAGUAUCCGGGUUGGGUGGUUGUCCUUAUGCAAAAGGUGCUUCUGGGAAUGUAGCCACUGAGGAUUUGCUAUAUAUGCUUAAUGGCCUGGGGCUCAAUACAGGUGUGAAUCUUUACAAAGUGAUGGAAGCUGGUGACUUUAUUUGCAAAGCUGUGAAUAAAACCACAAACUCUAAAGUAGCACAAGCCUCCUUCAGUGCUUGACUUGAAUGGAUUUAUGACUUAAGUUUGAGAAGAUCAAUUUCAGCUACAUACUCAUCUGAAAAUCAUUAAUGUCAACUGGCUCUGAAAUGUGAAGUAAUAGACAAGAGCAGGAAAAAGAGAUACUUUUGAAAAAGAGUAUAACUGGAUAGAUUAUGAAGUCAAUGAAAGCAAUACUGGUUACCAGGUAAAUUGCAAGCUGAGAAUAAACAAUAAAACUUGUAGUCAUACUUUUGAACUUGAAAAAAAGUCCGUUUUGCUCUCAUGGAAAUAACUUUUUUAAUUUAGUAGACAGGAAAAUUGACUUCAGAUUUCCCUGAGUAUCAUAUACUGUGUUAAUACUUAAUCAAGCAGGCUUAGCACAGUGUACACAUUGUCAGUAGUUUAUGAGCUCCCGCAUAGUGUACAGAGUGUAUGGCCUCCAUAUUAUGCAUUAUGCCUCUGAAUCUCAACUUUUUAUUUGCCAAGUCAGUUAAGUUAUGGACCAAGAGCCAAAUCUCCAUCUGACCCUACAUAAUUUUCAGCAAUAGAACUUUUAUAUUUCAAGUAUGGCUAACAUCUGUUAACUAUUUCAAUGACUUUAUCUUGUUCCAAGAAGCUGUGGUCGAUGGCAAGAUGCCAUAUCCUGGAAACAUAUUACAACCUCCCAUAUUUGUUAUAUGCAUCCAGUUUACCAUACUUUACUUUUUAUCAGUUAAUAGUAAAAAUGAACAUGGUGUGACUCAACUAUUAAGCAAUUGUAAGGUAUGAUUUUUGUCCUGAUGUCUAUGCUACAGUGAUGAGAAUAGAUUAUAUAUGUAUCAUCAUCUAGUUGUAUAAUUUUCAGAUCACUUCCAAAUUGUCCAAGGAAGUAUCAUUAUGAUCCUAAGAAUAUUAAGAUAGUUUUAAAUUCACAAAAUAACUGUUUUUCCCUUGACUCAUGGUGCUUUAACUACAUCACAUGCUUUUCUGGUUGACUUUUCAAACGGUUAUUUUAAAAAUUAAAGUGGCUCAAAUUUUGUCUAUUGGACUAAAUGGUAUUGCCAGAUAUAACAAAAACUAAUAUGUAAAAGAUAGAGAUGAGGAGGAGGAGUACUAUGGCAAAAAAAAACCCAUUUCUGUAACCUAUGCAAAUCACAUGGGAACAGUACUCUUACAUGUGGGUCUGAAAUGUCAGUUCUAGUAUUAAUACAGACUUCUCUAAUAACACUGAGUGAUACUAUCUCUGAAUAAAUUUAAAUAUAAAUUGAAAAAUAAAAGUGAGUGCUGUGGACUUUCUAGGAAAUAUUUAUUAAAACCAUUGAAAUAAAAAGAAGUUCAAGAAA